CACGACGCGGACGGACAGUAGCAAAUGGUCCACGGUUUUGCAAAAGGUUCUAGCGAAAUCAGUUAUUUUAAUAGUUUUUAAUCCGUGUUUAAUUGUUCCGUUUCAAUACAAUAUUAAUGUGCGGCUGUAUUUUUACAAAAACAAUCGCAACAAGACACCGAUCAGAGGUGAUUAUAUAUGCAGAUAAAAAUAAGUACAUAAACCGAAUAGAUAGCGCAUGCUAUCUAAAUCGCUGGGCGCCAGCAGUAUUUUCGUUUGCCGACAUAGCACGUUUCAUUGUUGUUGUUGUUAGCGACCCACCUUGCUAACUGGUAAAUUUAAACAUUACUUGCUAGCUACAGUUUUAGCUACAAGAAAGUAAAAGGUCAUGGCGGAUUUCCUUGAAGACCCAUCGGUUCUCACGAAGGAUAAGCUCAAAAGUGAGCUCAUGGCCAACAAUGUGCCGCUUCCUAGCUCCGAACAGAAGAAAGAUGUGUAUGUUCAAUUGUACCUGAAGAACUUGACCGUUCUGAACAAGAAAACUCCACCUCCUGUAGACACGUUUUCCAGUGAUGAAGAUUUACCUGCAAUUGUAGUCUCCAACAAGAGUCGUUCUGGAAGAAAAGCCACCAGGAAGACGGACAAGCCUCGCUCGGAUGAAGUAGAGGUCACAGACCUGACUGAUGCUGCCCUAAAAGAUGAGCUGUUGAAGCAAGGCAUCAAUGCUGGACCCAUAGUCGGCUCCACCCGCAAACUUUAUGAGAAAAAGCUCCAGAACCUGCUGGACCAACCUGCAGAUGAGACCACCCCCAGCCCAGCGGAGACAGCCACAGUCACUGGCACCAAUCACAAUGGCAACACACACUCUGAACAGUACAGUGACAAGGAAGACGAUGACAUCACUGCUACACCUGGACCAGAGCUGGUUCCUGUUGUGGAGAAGCCUGUGAGGAGCAAAGGGAAGACUCCCAUCACCGUCAGGUCAAGCAGCAGACGGAGCCACAAGCCACAGGUGGUACUGGAGAGCCUAGCAAGUGGCGAUCAGACCCAUAAGAAGACAGGGGAGAAUGUUGAAGAGAUCCUCGCCAAUGAGAUUCUUUCCCCCACCGGCAUCAGUGCCACCUGCAGGCGACCGAUCCGUGGCGCGGCUGGCCGACCGUUGAAGCCCGGCGACUACUGGCUGCACGAGUCCCUCCUGGAACGGCGCGCCUACACCGAGUCCCACUCCGAGUGCACCUCCGUGGGCCCCGACUCACCGGCCCGGCCGGGCUUCCUGUCCGUCCUGCUGAGGCUGUUGGUGCUCAUCACCGUGGCCGUUUCCAUCUACUUCGUCAUUGAGCACCUCGACGAGGACCAAGUCCGGUACGUCAAGAGUUUGCCCGGCGACGCCAAGGUUCUGCUGAACGACGCCUUGGCUUACGUGAGCAGCGCGGGCAAUAUGGUGGUGGAGGCUGUGGUCAAUAACGUGGUGGUGCCUCUGGGUAUCGGGCCCGGCAGCAGCCAAAGUGCCGGCGCUGAAAGUGGCGGCAAGUAAGUAGUCCGUCGUGCUUUGUUUAGUUUCAACCGUUAUUUUUGCUAGGUUGUCCCGUCCAGGUAAAAAUACCUCCUGCCCUAGAGAUUAUUUAGAUUAGAUUAAAUCUAAAUAAUCUCCUACCCUAUAGAGACCUUGCUAUUGCUCUGGAUUCCAAACCUCCAUAGGUUAUCACCACACCGACUCCAUUUUUCUUCUCUGGACACUUUUUUUCAUAACAUGGUUGCCCACUUAAAAGGACUAACUUUUUAUCUGGGCUGUUAGACUGACUCCCUGUCCCCUCCAUGUUGACUACUCCUCGCCCCACGUGAGGAGAGUAAGGAGGGGCACUCAACCUAACCAACACCAGCUCCUGGAAAACAAACCAACACUGUCUUGCCGUGACGGUCUGAAGAGACUAAUUUGUCUUAUCAAGGUGUUUUUUAAUCAUAGUGUGACGUGUGUUUUGUGUGUGUUUUCCCUUACGUGUGUAGGUAGAAGUUCUAUGUGAUUUAAGGACAGACAGGUCUAAUGUACCAUUUUGAAGGACAUGCAGUGUUUGACUUGGGCUGGAACUGCGUUCCAGUACUUAUAAUUUUAGGCAAACAGUGUUCCCGGUUUUAGGCAAAAGAGCUGGGAUAGCCUAUGUUAAUGGAACAAGCCUUAUUAAUACAUACAUUUGAAUGAACAUAGUCUGAUGUGCUAUUUGUCAGUUCCUGCACUUAUUUUAUCCCAAGUCAAGCACUGAGGACAUGUAUGUGGUUUUUUGUAAUUUGUUGUAUCAGGUGUUUUUCAGGUGGUGAAGUAUCUGGACACUUAGCACUUAUUGCCAGGCUUUGGGUCAGUUGAACAUCUGUCAGUAGCACAAAGUAAAUCGAAUUCCAAUUCUACAAGGAUGGGAAAACAGUGGAAAUGUAAAUGUUCUUCUGAAAUUGACUGAAUUUACAAGAAGGUUGACACCCACCCUGCUUAUUGUGCCCCCUCAACUAUUUAAAGUGUCAAAAUGUUGCUAAUUGGAAAACAUCAGCAUUUACAAGUUCUUCUUUAUUCAUUCUAUAAACUGUAGUAGUGAUAGUAAAGACUAGAAUAAUUAUUUUAAACUAUGAAUUUCACAGUACUCAGGUUUAUCCUAAUAUGCUCUAAGUUCAUGUAAAUUGUGAUGGGAGGAGGAAUAAUGUCCAACAUAGUGUUAAAUCAGGUCAUGUCAUUCACAGGAAUAAAACAUUUAGUGCUAUAAAGGUCACAAACUGAAGAGCUUUCUUGAGUUAUAUAAGCUCAUUUCGGCCCUUGUCCAGUAAAUUGAAAUGCCUGGUCCAUGCUCAGUAGGUAAACACUGCAAAUAGAAAUAUCCAAUGGAGCUGAGAAUUUUUUUUUAUUUGCCAUGUUUGUUCUACAUAAUAAUACAUUUGAAGUUUUAGUAAAGUUGUGCCCUCUAGAAAGUGAUCAGAUAAAUAAAUGGUUCACAUUGGCACCUGAUUUGAGUAGCAAUGGCCACGACCAAAUCACAAUAGCUUUGUGUUUGUGAGUUUCUUUAUAGUGAUUUAUUGUUCUAAAGAUUCCAGAUCCUCCAGUUCAGUCUAUAGGGUCGUGUUCAGUAAAGAGCACACUGCAGCAAAAAAUGAUGCCCUGUUUUGGGGUAAUUUAUUUAUUUUCUCUUUAUUUGGUAUCAAUGAACAUGACCCAGGACUGGCUGUCUUUUUAGUUCACAUACACACAGCCUUUCCUAAUGGUACCAUGAAAAAUACUAUUGAUCUAGUAAGAAUACUAUUAUAAAAACUAAUUCAAAGCACGUAAAUGACACAGCAGAAGCAUUUUCAGCUCUAUUACUUGUGGUAAAUAAGUCCUGCGGACUUAAACAAAUUUUGUCUGGCCCUUAUACACUGAUAGGUACAAUAACAGUUGACUAAAGGACUAACGGUUAAAGGGAUAGCCACUUGUGAUGACAUUUCUGAUUUUUACAUGACAAGCUGUUGAAAUCUUCAUCCAUUUUUCUAAUGUGAAUUGUUGUUGUUUUGGGUGCAAAAUAAAGUACCUUUGUGAGAUGUCAAAAAAUAAUAUGAAGUGAUAUCCUUAAUCUGAACCUCUCUGUUGGCUUGUGGUUACACAGGUGAAUACAUAAAGAUGAAACUUUUUUUUUAAUUUGAUCAGGCAGCUAGCUUCCCAAGGAUAGAUGGAUGUGGUGUGUAUAGUGGGAGCAAAUAUUUUGUAUCUGUUUUUAUUUAUAAUAGAUAAUAUCAUGAAAUAAAGUUGGUAAAUCAA